AUGUCGCGUCUUCUCCAAUUGCCUCGCGAAAUACGCGAUCUUGUUUACGAGCACUACUUCCGCGGUGCAGGAGGCUUCGUAUAUGAUUUCGCCGCCAACAAGCUUCGGCGCGCUGACGGUCACCCCAUCGAGCUCGCUUUGGUGCUUACUUGCCGCCAUGUCGCCGCCGAAGCACACGGUCUUGCUCUGCGAGUCAACACACUCCGGUUUACGACAUUCCACUCAGACGAUACACAGGAGCAUGCUAGUCUCCUUCAUCUCUUCAAUCUGAAUAUACGCGAUAGGAAAGAAAUACUGUUGAACUCACUAGCACCGGACCUUCUCAGUUGGGAGCAGGCGCAGGCGAUGAAGUCGCUACAUCCACACUUCGCGCCUGUAAUAGAUUAUUGGCGAGCGCACGGGAAGGGCUGGGAAGUCGUCCGGCUGUUUGCGGAUUGUGAAUGCAGUCUAACUCCGUCCAUAUGGCAUGAUUUCGUGGCCUCCACAUUGAACUUGGUCUCUCAGCACCCCGAAUUCCUUUCUAAAGCCAGGGGACACGGACUCGAUUAUAUGCCUAUAGAUUCAUUCGGAACACUCCCAGCGCGAACUCCAGAGCAGGAUUUGUAUGACGACAAUCGGACUCUCUCGUUGUGCGAAGCAAGGCCAAUGCCCUGGCAGAUAACACAUAUGGAGGAACUCGCGGAACUACGUGAGCUCACGAAGGGCCCUGGCCUCUAUGGUCGCAACAUAAAGUACACCUACUCAGCAGCUUCCGCGGCUCUCCGACUGCUGCAAUCUAUGCCUAAAGCUGCGCGCGAUAAUAUCCGGAAGGUCCUGCUGAUCGAAGACCGCGAAUCUAUCGCAUUUCCUCAGAGCCACGGUACAGGGUUCAUCGACAUCUGUCGAAAUCACCCGCAACUAAAGGUCGAGCGCUUUGUAAGCCUUUGGGGAAAUGCACUUCCCAUGUCCGAUGCUGAUCUAGAGAUUCAUCGCAGUGGGUGCCAAGACUUCCUUGACAAAGGGUAUCAGACAUUCGACGGCUGCGACGCUAACUCCAUCAGCAAGGGCGUAGGUACAUGGAUAAUUGAGGCUAGGGCUCUCCCUUCGCUCGGUAUGCCACAUGGUUCCUUCACCCUCGUCCUCGAUGGUGACCCCUUGCCCGAAAAAACGUCACAAGUCUUCAAGAUCAUCCAACGCGAUGCUGCUUGGCAAACCGCUCUUGACAUUUGCUAUGCUCGUAGAAUCUUACCACGACCUUCUUGGUUCGAGCAGCGGCUUCAUACUGCGGGAUUCAUCCAUGAAGAUUUUCCAGAAGCAGUUGGCGCUAUCUCACUGCACAGUUCUCUCAUCAGGACCAAUUUUCCUGUUUGCGCACCUUACGAUGUUGAGCAACUGUUGCGAGAGCAUGAAGGAUGGACGCCGAAUGACUGGGAAGCAGGAUGGGCAUUACACGAGCCGCGCGAGUUCCUGACUGAGGCACCGCUACCUCCGUGGCACCAACUUCGAUGGCAGCAUGUAAUCAGAUUCAGAUAA